AUGAAUGAUUGUAAGUUGCUAUCGGCAGAUGUUCCAGAUUCUCCUCUUUCCAAAGGUUCUUCGAAAGUCAAACGAUUCUGUUCUCCGGCAAGUCCAGUAACCAAGACCGCAGGUUGGGAUAGACUCCUUCAAAACUUAGCAAAGUUGCCAACAGCCUCUACUUCCAAAAGAGGUACGUCAAAUGCAAUUAGUGCAGAGACAUGGCAAAGCUUUGCUGCACACCAGAGUUCAAAACAUACCCAUGAGCAUCCAGAUGUGAUUCAGUUAUGUAGUCAAACAAACAAGAAUGUAUUUAGAAAAAUUGUAAGCUUUACCUAUUUUGCCAAGUUAAGCCCAUUAUUUACAGAUAUAUGGCCUAAAUCUACUUGUGAUGAAAACACCGGAUACCUACCUCCUCAUUCUUCUACCCUUUUACUCACGAUGUGUGCAACUGCAUUAGGUUUAUGGAAGGGAAAAGUACCCCAGAAUGGAUUAGAGAAGAUGGACAACGAAAUACUAUUUGAUAAUCUGCUGCUUUUGAUAUGCACAUUCAAAUAA